UGUUGUCUUCAUGUUUCUCCUUCAUCGCUCCGUCGUUAACUAAGAACUCUAGUCAUUCUUCUCUCUUGUCGUUUUCAUAUUCGUGUAAACAGAGCAGACGAACGUUUGGUCACAUCUGUAAACUUUUACACAGUUGACUCUUUUUGCUGAAAUAUUUUUUUCUGUCGUUUCAUCAGACGAUGUGGAAACUAUUCAUUUCUCUUCUGUAAGUCAGACUACAAGAUCGACUAAGUACAAAGUACAGAAUUUCAACAGACUCAAUUCUACAUUUUUAUCAUCAACCUCAGCAACAGCAGCGCUCGGGUGUGAACAAAAUGCAGGCAGUCAUCAUCCGCGACCUUGUCGUUGUGUUCAUCCUGAUGGCGGGGUUCGCGCUGGCUCAGCGGAACCCGUAUUCCAAGCCAAGCCAGAACAACGCGCCGCGACAGCAGCAGCAGCCCAUGACCCUGUCCCGCAAACCGCAGAACGGUGACCCUAAGGUGCACAACCCCUUCAAGUCUCCAAAGACAAGGAAAAGAGCAACAACGACAACAGAAUUGACAGCAACCGCAAUGAGAUGCACAAAGGAGGACCUAACCCCACUCCUUGGACCCGCUGGACGGAGCGACCGCGUUCCAGAGAUAGCCCCUGGCAGGACAUGUCCAGCGACGGAGAUACGGCUCAGUGUAACGGGAGGCGUACAACGCACGAGAACAAAUCUGUUGUCAAGGGGUUGUACAGAAAAGACAGGGUCUGCGGCCAGCCUGCUGUGGUUCGGCCUCCUUCGACUUCGUCUUCAACUUGUGCUGUAACGGUCAGGUCAGGCCCAAGACUGCUGGGAAGCCAUUCUGCGACAGU